AGUAUACUGGAAUCUGCAUGCGGGGCUGCAGGAUUUGAGACAGCUCAGUCUCCCUGCGCCCUAUUUGAAGCUUCAAAUAAAUCUUUCUGCUUCUCCACCCCGUUGUGGUCAUUGGCGCGACGCACACUGGGCAACGAACCCAACUGUUGCUUGCCUCGGGCACUCUGUGCCGGCAACAGUUCUUGGCGCCCAACGUGGGGCAUCGAGGCUGCUAUUUAGCCUUUCCCGGACCCCUCCUGGCGGCCAACGGAUUGCGGUGACGACCGACACCCAGCGCGCACCAGUGAGUUCAUCGGGAGGCCUCGGAGGAGACGCGAUUUGCUCGACCCUGGAGGGCACAACGGUGCAACGCACCCCUAUAGUGGAGAAGCAACUGCAGUCGACGGUGAGGAACCGGUCCCUUGGAAAAGGUAUACCAAAGACUUCCAGCCUCUUCCACUGAAUGCCCCUGUCCACUCCUUGCAGCCAGGUGACUCCGUGCUUGUUCGUACCUGGAAGGACGAGCCUCUCCAAGAGAAGUGGAAGGGACCCCACAGCGUCCUGCUGGUCUCCCACACGGCGGCAAAGGUCGAGGGACACAAAAACUGGAUCCAUCACUCUCGCCUGAAGGCGGUGCCUGCUCCUCCACCGGCAGAACAGUGGACCGUCCAGCCCAUCACCACAUCACCCUCCGACGAUCUUGGACUCAAAUUAUUGUUUAAAAAGACAUGAGCACGGGGGGACGGGACGACUACAAGGGCAUAUACACCAUGAGGUCCCUCAUAGUGGGUGUCAUUUGCCUAGUAUUCCCCAUCUCUCUCUCUCUCUGAAGAAGGGAUGGAUGGGGACCGUUAACUUGAAUGUAAAUACCUAUGAGGCCCUCAAAAUCGCCUUUGCCCGGGAAUUUAAUCUUUCCAACUGCUGGAUAUGUUCUCAGAUCCCCUACCAGGCGGCCAGCUUCCCUUGGAGGGCAACCCCCCCACAACUGGUCAGACCUCUGUGACGGGUGGAUAAAAGCAAACGCCACUCGGUUGCAAACGCGGCCCACCUUUACAGAAAACUGCACUAAAGAGGUCAAGUUUAGCAGCAACACUGAUCCCUGGAAACCCUACUGGAAUGCGACCCAUGCCCCCAAACCCAUCCAGCUACGCUCCGUCCCCAUGGGCCUCCUUUGUUAUCGCCAGGAAGCCACUGCUAACCAUACCUGGUUUGCUGGUAAUAGUACCUGUCAGUAUUAUUUGUCCCCGUCUGCGAAUACCACUAUUCCUCUAUGUAAUAGUUCUGGCCAAGAUACAGGCGAAAGGCUUCAAUAUUACACCCCCUUAGAAGCUGCAGCCGACAAAUUGGGCAACAGUGGCAAGGUAGCCAAUGGACAGUCCUUUUAUGUCUGUGGUAACUCAGCCUAUAAAUGGCUACCCCACCACUGGAACGGAAGCUGUUAUUUGGGAUACUUUACUCCUCCCCUUCGGGUCAUGGCCCACCUCCCAUCGGGCCGGCCCCGGCAUCAGCGGUCCCUGUAUGCCACCCCCGAACCCAUUAGUGUGGAAGAUAGAUUCAGUAUGAUCCUUCUCCCAGCAUAUGGGGUGGGUGGAUUGGCCAAGCUCUAUCGCCAGGUCUCUAUAUUCCUCACCAAGUUCGCCAAUGAUACCUUGGCCAUAGAGAGGAGCCUCCACACGGAAGUUUAUCAACUCCCGUUGUUGUCCCUGCAAAACCGCCAGGCCCGAGAUUACCUUCUGGCUGCACAGGGUGGGGUGUGUGCCCUGAUUGGGGAUGAAUGCUGUACGUAUGUCCCAGAAGAUUCACAGGAUAUUAACAAGCACAUCCUGUCAGCUGAACAGGCUCUUAACCAGUGGAAAGCCCAGGAAAGAGAACCCACUAUUCUUGACUCACUCUGGGGAUGGCUGCCCGACCUGGGGGAAGGCAUUGUUCGUCUCCUCGUCACAGGUGCCGUGUUGUGUAUUAUCAUUCUCCUCUUGCUUGCCUGUUGUAAAGCGCUCAUAUACAAAAUACGUGCCUCCCACUCCACAGAAACCCCAUUAUAUCCUCUUGUUGAGGAUUCCAACUCCUCAGCACUUAAUCACUUAUUGUCCUUGGAAUAUGAGACAACUCAGUUGCAAGCUUGUUGAGUGUUCUCAAAGGAGGGAGUUGUUGGUGACACUGGGCACUACUCUAGGUAACUCGGGAGGGUGAAGACCACGAGUGUCGAUGAAGCCCUCUUGCUCUAGGCCCAGAUGAACUGAAGCCCCUUGAACUUUCUGUGACCCUGCACAACUGUGAGGAAGCUAGCACACAAACAGGCAGGUUUGCACACGGCUCGCUAGCCAAGGCCAGCUUCGGCCUGGGAAACGUCUAGAUAAGGCAGAAAUGUUUAGCAAAAACUAGUAACAAA